AUGGCAGGAAAGAUCAAGAAAACUAUCUCCAAGACAGCGCAGGCUCCUCUAAGUCCAACUGACCGCGUUGAAGACACCUAUUCGCCGUACACUGACCAGUUCUUUGCCGACAUGGCCACCAAGAUUGCAGUUACAUUUCCUUACGAGGAAUUCGCAGCUUGUCAUGGUUGCAGCCUGAGCCAUCUCGCGGGGGCGAUGAGUGCCCUAGUCCUCGCGCCUCUCUCGGAUUCCACCUUCACACAGCAUAGAGAUCGCAAUAUGAGCAUUGCACAAUACGGGCAGCACAUGAUAGCUAUCACUGUCCCCUCUCCGCCUGGUUCCCCGCCCUUGUCAUCCGAUGUACCUUUGCAAUCUGCCAAGGAUGUCGCGGAGGGAAAGCCUACGAGCAUCAGCGAAGACUCUGAAAGCCUACCUCAUGACACGUCUGCUAUCAAGUCGAGCUCGCCAGCAGGCCAGAAGGCUACCACCACAGGCGUGGGGCGUCAAUACGAUAAGUCAAGCGACAUGAGCGAAGACACUCAUGCAACCGUCCCAACCAUGCCAACCUCAUCCAAAGAUGAUGGCAUACGUAGCUCGAAGCGUCGAAAGAUCGACCCUUCCUCUGAGAAGUACCCGUCUCAGCAGGGGCCGGAGGACUUCAUGAGCGCUGUUGCUGUUGAGGCUGGCAGCACAUCAACGACAUCGCUUCCAGGUCCCGUCGUUCGUCCAUACGGAGAUAGGGACGGGAACAGCAGUACAUUGCCUGUGGCCGUUGAGGAGGGACAGAAAAAUCGCUCACCUGGGACUAAGCGUACACCCAGUGAGCAACGACGCGAGACAACCAGCAAAAAGCAUGCCACACGCAAUGCUCGCAGAAGACUUUCACCAUUUGCAGAAGAUGCAAUAGACACGGCUGUCUUCAGCGAGCAGGGUCUGCAAGAGCGAAUGAAUGGUUCAAAAGUUGGUCCAGCAAAUACGUCGUGA